UUCAUCUUCCUUUCUCUCUCUUACUAGCCAACACAGUAAAUAAACAAUAAAUAAUAAAGAUAAAAGAGAAGGCAUUAUGCGCAUCUCUCUCCGCGUACUUAUCAGUAGCGAGCUCGGCACGUCAUUGUGCACUGCUGCACCGAGCCUAGCGCGAGCCUCCGUCCGAAAGUCCAAAUCUUCAGCUCUCUCCUUGACGCAUGCCCGGAUCGAUCGGUCCAGCUCUACCCACCGGAGGAGGAGGCAGAUCAACGGGCAGCUGACUAAGGUGGAUCCACGGAGGAGGCAUGGCAAGAGGCCCCUACCCGCCGACGAGGAGGAGGAAGAGGAGGAGGAGCUGCCCCCGCCGCCGGCAAAGUACGAGCAGCUGGAUCAGGAGGAGAAGCAUCACGUUGUCGUCUCGCAGCUGCAAGCAGGAGCUACCUUUAGCGGUGGCCGAGGGUCUUCGUCGUCUUCCGUGGCCGGCCCUUCGCCGGAGGCGUACGCGCAGUACUACUACUCGGCGCGCGCCGACCACGACGCCUCCGCCGUGGCCUCCGCGCUAGCCCAUGUCAUCCGCGCCUCGCCCGACCAACUCCCGCCGCAGCAGGCCGCCUGCUUGUACGGCGCCGCCGGCGCGCCGGUCCUGCGGCAGGGAGAGGGAGACCAUCCGCAACCGCAAGCGGCUGCGCACCACCAUCCCGGUGGCCACGUCGCCGCCGAGGAGGAGCAAGGUCUGAGGCGGCACUACCGAGGGGUGAGGCAGCGGCCGUGGGGCAAGUGGGCGGCGGAGAUCCGGGACCCCAAGAAGGCGGCGCGGGUGUGGCUCGGCACCUUCGACACGGCGGAGGACGCCGCCAUCGCCUACGACGAGGCGGCGCUGCGGUUCAAGGGCACCAAGGCCAAGCUCAACUUCCCGGAGCGCGUGCAGGGCCGAACCGACCUCGGCUUCGUCGUCACCCGCGGCAUCCCGGACCACCACCGGCACCCGCGGGCGGCGGCGGUGAACCUGGCAGCAAUGCCGCAGGCGCAGGCGCAGCCGCACUUGCAGCACGGCCGCCCGACCGUCAUGCCGUACCCGUACCCGUACCCUGACCUCAUGCAGUACGCGCAGCUGCUGCAGGGCGGCCGGGGCGGCGGCGACCACGCGGCGGCGGUCCAGCAGCAGCUCAUGAUGAUGGGCGGGCGGGGCGGCAACCUGCCCUUCUCGUUCUCGCCGCCGUCGUCCUGGAGUGCGCCGCCGCAGAUACUGGACUUCUCGGCGCGGCAGCUCAUCACCCAGCCCGGCCCGCCGUCGUCUCCGGCCGCCCCCGGCGGCGCGGCGCCGUCCACGCCGUCGUCCACGACCACGGCGUCGUCGCCCAGCGCCAGCGCCAGCGGCAGUGCAUGGCCGUACGGUGGGGAGCACCACAGGAAUAAAAAGGACGCGUGAUCGUCCAGCUGGCCGGCCGAUCGAGGAUAUGGAUAUGCAUGCAUGCAACUUGCAGUGCGAGGGGAUCAGAUCAAGAAGUAGCUGUGCGGAGGAAUGGAAUAUGCAUGCACGCAUGCAAUAUGGGCGGGGUAAGUGGCAGCGACGAUUUUUGGUCCAAGCAUAACCAUUUCUUGGCCCUUUAGUUUCCACGUCGAUUUCUUCUUCUUUUUUUUUCUCACGAGAUGAUCUUCUUUUGUUCAUUUCUUGGAGGAUCUUGAUCACUUUGGUUAAUUAGAGAGCUAGCUCGCUAUAGCUGCUUGCUUAGGUGCUUUUACUACUACCUUCCUUUUGUAUAAUGGCCUGCUCUAGGUGCUCAUAUCUUUAAUUUGUUCAAGUGUCAACUGAGAUUAACUACCUGUGUGCAAACUAAUCCAAAGCAAAGAAGAGUGGAACCUUAUGUAUAUGGGGCAUGUUCUCCCUCUCUCUCUCUCUCUCUCUCCAAAUGAUUGAUUUAUUCCUUUGUCCCUACAUAUUGGUCGGAAAAAGAUUAUUAUUGCAAGCUCUC